CGGUGGGACGAUUACCGACGAGUAUGGCGACUCCAAAUGUUCCAGCAAAGUGCGUAACACCAAACAAUGUUGUUUUCUCAAUUUCUUGCUGAGCUAAUAAAGAAAACAUUUCUAUAGAUGGAGGUGAAGUACCACAGUCUUAUUAUCUUGAAGUGGUGAAACCGGCAACUAAACCCGCUGACAUUGCUUAGGAACAAGAAUGAACCGAAACUUGAGUUCCAAAUCAAUGAAGUCCCUUCAAUUCUUAGCUGAUCUUGAACCAAAAUAGGUGACAUUUCCUGACUGCUGAAGAUUGUGUAGUGAAUAAUGGAGAAAUCUCAUGGGAAGCGAGCGGAUACAGAGCUAUUUGAUGAUGGAAGAAGGCGAUGUUGUUUUAACUCGUAUCUGUGCAAAUUUUCUAGAAUUUGAUAACAGUUUCAGGCUUUCAGCUAUCUUCGUUCAAAAAGUUGAUGCAAAAUCAUGUGACUUCUUCAAACUCAGCGGUCAGCGCAGGAGAAAUUUGAAUUUGACCGGGAAUAAGAUUGAAGAAGUCGUGAAUUUUAUCAUGUCACUUCGAACCAAGAAACCGUUUGGAUUCCGUAUGUGAUCGCCCUUACAAGAUUCUGACUUUUUUCAAGAGCAUCGUAUUUUCAACUUCCAACCCUCUACGUGAACAAUAUACUAUAGUACGAAUAAAUCUCAGUUAUGCGGACGGCUAAGUGGAAAAUUCGUAGAAUUUAGCAGGACUCCCGGAAAAAGACAAGGACAUUUGGUCAAAGCGUCAAAGCCGUCACUUCACGUAAAUUUUGAGUUUUCAGACUUGCAACUUUCAAAAUCAACACCAAGAUGUUUGUCUCACAAUUGGACGAAACCCAACGAGCAACUUUUGAGCAGUUUAAAGAGGCUAUCAAAGACUGCCAACUUGUCAAUCCAGAUGAUAAUUACAUCCUCAAAUGGCUCGUUGCUCGUAGUUUUGAUAUUGAUCAAGCCGAAAAAAUGCUACGGCAGUCCAUAGAAUGGCGCCGAGCGAAUCGUAUCGACGGAAUAUUAGACCAGUGGGAGCCACCGGAGGUCUUACAGAAAUACUAUCCUGUAGAACUAUGUGGGGUGGAUAAAUUCGGCUGCCCCAUAUGCAUCGUGCCAUUUGGACAGGCUGAUUGGAGAGGAAUUUUACAGUCGGUCAGCAAGCGUGAUUAUUUGCGCUACAUUUGCUAUUUAGCAGAAAUGGGGAUGACGGAAAUCGUGAACAAUUCAAAACUUGCUCAAAAACCAAUAAUUGGUUCCAUGUUUAUCAUAGAUAUGGAGGGCUUAUCUGGGAAGCAAAUGUCUUACAAACCAUUUCGAGACAUUGGACUUGAAACCGUAAAACUACUUGAGGCUAACUACCCUGAGGAUCUCCGAAAGACUAUUAUCAUCAACGCUCCCAAACUGUUCACUUUAGUGUUUGCUAUGGUGAAACCAUUUCUUAAUCCUGUGACGCUCGAAAAGAUAAGCGUCUUGGGAUUUGACAGAAAGGAAUGGAGUGCCGCUUUGCUUAAGGAAAUGGAUGCUAAUCAACUACCGGUGCGCUAUGGUGGUACAAUGAAGGAAAGCGAUCCAAAAUGGAAUCACAAUUAUAGCUUCGUAGAAAAGAAAAUAGGGGAAGAAGUGCCACAGUCUUAUUACCUUGCCAAAGUCAAACCCACCCCUAAGGACUACAUGAUCUCUCUGGAUGUGCCAAAGAGGAAGAAAAUCAAAUUUGAACAUGAAAUUACUCAAGUCAAUUCCAUUCUCAGAUGGGAGUUCAUGACGGAGGACUGUGACAUCGGAUUUAGCGUUUAUUACAUGGAAGACGAUGGGAAGAGGGUAGAUCUCAUGAACGAGCGAAUGCAGAGCCAUUUAGUGAUGGAAGAAGGCCAAAUUGUGUGUACCCGUACCUGUACCUAUGUCUUGGAAUUCGACAACAGCUACAGCGUCCUCCGCUCCAAGACAGUUUGGCAUCAUAUGGUUGUUGAUCUACCAUCUUCUACCCCGGCAGUUUCGUUCGAGGAAUUCAAUCAGUGAGAGUCAAUUAGGGUUUUUAAUUAGGUUUUUCAGUGGAGCGGUUUUAAUUAGAAUUUUUAGAGACUGGGUGUGGGUGAUGAGAGAUAUAUUUCAUGAUGAUUUGUUCAUGUCAGCUGUGUUAAACAAAAAUUUUAAUGUGUAAUCUGCAUGCAUUUUUAUCAUUUAACUUGGAAAAAAGAAGUGGAGAUUUA